UUUUUGCAAGUCGAAACAAGGGAAGAACGAGUGUUAACGAAAUCGAAUCAUUUAUCAUCGAGUUACUGGGAAUGGAAAUGACAACGUAAACAUGAUUUCAGACUUGAUUUUAUUUGGAACCUUGUUGGUGAAUGCUGGUGCUAUCUUGAACUUUAAACUGGUCAAAGGAAAGAAUGACCAGUUCGAAGUGAAUGCUGAACCAACCUUAGGGGAGAAGGUCCGGGAGUUUUUACAGAGUCUGCGCUACUUCAGAAUCUUCAUAGGACUAUGGAAUAUUUUCGUUAUGUUUCUCAUGCUAGUGUUCUUCGGUCACUGACUCACGCUGCUGCCUUAUCUUCACCCUCAUUGUAAACAGACCAUUUAUCCAACAUUUCUGUUCAUUAUGUGACGUCACUUUCAUCGAUUGUAUAAAAUAUUUAUUAUAAAAGAAUUGUUAUACAA